AUGCUCCUCACUGACAAAGAGGACAUAUUGAAGCAAUGGACUCUUCACUUCAGUACCCUCCUCAACCAGACCUCAGCAGUGGCCGAUGAAGCACUGGAAGGCAUUCAGCAGCGUCCCAUCAUCCUAGAACUUGAUGCCCCACCAAAUACUGCAGAGACCGUUGCAGCCGUCAAACAGCUGCAAACAGGCAAGGCCCCUGGUCCAGAUGGAAUACCAGCUGAGGUGUUUAAAGCUGGCGGUGAAGUUCUGAUCACCCACCUGACCAGGCUGUUCCAAGUGUUCUGGGCAAACGGUAAGCUCCCUCAGGACUUCAGGGAUGCUAACAUCAUCCACUUGUACAAAAACAAGGGUGAUCGCUCGUCCUGUGAUAACCACCGCGAGAUAAGCCUACUCAGCAUUGCAGGCAAAAUACUAGCCCGCACUUUGCUGAACCGGAUCACCAAGCACAUACUGGAUGAUAUGGUGUCAGAGAGUCAAUGCGGCUUCAGGAAGCAGAGAGGCACUGUGGAUAUGGUCUUAGCCAUCAGACAGAUACAAGAAAAAUGUGUCGAGCAACACCAAGACCUCCACCUGCUCUUUAUUGACCUUACGAAGGCAUUCGAUACAGUGAACCGUCCUGCACUCUGGGCAAUACUUAGCAAGCUUGGUUGCCCACCUCGAUUCGUAGAGAUCAUCCGCUCCUUCCAUGAUGGCAUGCUUGGCAGGGUCAUAGAAAAUGGUGAUGCUUCUGACCCUUUUCCGGUGGCAAAUGGCAUGCUUUCUGCAGCACUCGCCCAAACUAGUGCAGGAGUCACAGUACACUAUCGUACCGAUGGCGACUUCUUCAACAUCCGUCGCCUGAAGGCUCAUAGCAAAGUGCGUCAGGCAGUUGUGCGAGACUUCCUCUUUGCAGAUGACUGCGCACUUGCAGCUCACUCUGAGGAAGAUCUCCAAGAGCUUGCUGACUGCUUUGCCACUGCAGCAAAGAUGUUUGGGCUGACAAUCAGCAUUAAGAAAACCGAGGUACUGAGACAGCUUGCACCAAACACCACUCAGCCUCCACCCAACAUCACUAUGGAUGGCAAUACCCUGAAAAAUGUGGAGAGCUUCAAAUAUCUAGGCAGCAGUAUAAAUUCUGCAGCCAACCUCGAUGAUGAGGUUCUGUGCCGCAUCUCCCAAGCUAGCCGGGUAUUUGGGCGUCUUCACACACGAAUAUGGCAAGAGCGGGGCAUCUCAACCAAAACCAAGCUGAGCGUAUACAGGGCUGCGGUACUACCAUCUCUCCUUUAUGGCUGUGAGACUUGGACUUGCUACAGGCGGCAUAUCAAAAAACUAGAUCAAUUUCACCUGCGCUGCCUGCGCAAAAUCCUCCGAGUCAGUUGGAAGGACCGUGAGCCCAAUCAGGAGAUUCUUCGGAGGGCUGGGCUCACUGGCAAUGAAGCCAUGCUGAGUCAGUCACAGCUUCGCUGGUCAGGGCAUGUCACCCGCAUGGACGACAGCAGACUUCCUAAACAGCUGUUCCAUGCUGAGCUUUCAACUGGGAAACGUCACAGAGGUGGGCAGAGGAAACGUUACAAAGAUUCUUUGAAAUCUACCCUCAAGUCCUACAACAUCCCAGUUGAUGGGUGGCAAGCCAUGGCCCUGGACCGACCGAAGUGGAGGGCAACCAUCCGUGAGGGCAAAGAGAUAUUCGAAAACUGCAGACUGCAGAGGCUGGAUGAAAAAAGACAGGCUAGAAAGACCAGAGUGCCUGAUCCCAGCACUGCAGUGUCCUGCGAUCUGUGCGGCAAGAAUCCCUCCCUGUCCGAUCAUAUCAACCUCCUUCCCGUCAGUGUCAAAAUUGUUGGCGUUUACGACAUCCUGUCAAACACUGCCAUUCCACAGCCCGAUGCCCUCUAUGUGCCCAACCCGGUCAUAACCAAUCAAACUGCUUUACACAUAUGUGUCAACUGUGGCGGUCCCCAUAACCCCCCAUCCUCCAUAUUCGUGGUUGUCUCAUCUCUUAUCCUCUUCAAGUCGCUAAUGAACUGGAUGACUAUUUCUGCCAGGUCAGUAGUGGUUCACACCUUUCUCCACACUUCUCUUCCAUUAAGAGAAUGCACCUACAUCAUCUUCACCCUGUCCUCUUCACAGUCCUAUAAUGCUCAUUUUUCUUCCUCUGAAUUUGAUUUCUGCCGUGCCCGAAGUACAGUUGAACCCCUUGCUCAUUUCGAGACAUAUAUCACAUCUGCAUUUGCACGUCAUGAUUCUGUAUUACCUAUAUUCUUUGGCCCAGAAAAAGCAUAUGAUACCACAAUUGUCCUUCCUGGGAAUACACAGAACCAUGGGCUCCAACAAACCCAGAACCUAUGUGCACUUCGGUGUUAUAAGGGCCUGAAAUAUGGUCACCACCAGGCUAGCUGCAAAGCCAAGCCCAAACAGGGUGUAGGAAGCAAGGCUCACAGCACUGAGGUGACAAGAGGUUGCUAA